UGACGCGGGGAGAUCAGCUUUGGCACGUCGAGGUCAGCGUCGCGCUGCCAGCUUGCUUUACGGCUUUCGGCAGAUUGCCUUGCGGCUCUUCUCCCCUUCUGACUUGAUUUUCGGCUCCUCCUCCUCCUGUCCUUCCCGCCCACCCCGGGCUCGCGCUCGAUUUGGACCUUCUUCCCAGGGUUCUCUUGCAGUUCCUUCCCAGUCUCCUCUGCGCGGCUCUAUCUAAACUCCCUUCUCUGCAUUUAACCUAGACCGAGCUCCCUGCGUGCAUCGCGCGCUGCCAGAGGCACAGGUCACGCGGAAUCAACAUGUCUGGGACUGAGGAAGCAGUUCUUGGAGGCCGUGGCAGCCAUCCUUCCUCUGCUGGUGGCAACUCUGUAUUAUGCUUUGGACAGUAUCAGUACACAGCAGAAGAGUACCAGGCCAUCCAGAAUGCUCUGAGGCAGAGGCUGGGCCCGGAAUACAUCAGUAGCCGCAUGGCUGGAGGAGGCCAGAGGGUAUGUUACAUUGAAGGUCACAGGGUAAUUAAUCUGGCCAAUGAGAUGUUUGGUUACAAUGGCUGGGCACACUCUGUCACACAGCAGAAUGUGGAUUUUGUUGACCUUAACAAUGGCAAGUUCUACGUGGGAGUCUGUGCAUUUGUGAGAGUCCAGUUGAAGGAUGGCUCAUAUCAUGAAGAUGUGGGCUAUGGUGUCAGUGAGGGCCUCAAGUCAAAAGCCUUGUCUUUGGAGAAGGCCAGGAAGGAGGCCGUGACCGACGGGCUGAAGCGAGCGCUGAGAAGUUUCGGGAAUGCACUUGGAAAUUGUGUUCUGGACAAAGACUAUCUGAGGUCACUAAAUAAGCUUCCCCGCCAGUUGCCUCUUGAAGUGGAUCUAACGAGAGCAAAGAGACAAGAUUUUGAACCAUCUGUGGAACAAGCAAGAUACAGCAGCUGCCAGCGGAACGUGGCUCUGGCAGCCCCCGAACCACCGGAGGUGACCUCGCCUUGCAGACCGAGCCGCUCAGAUGAUCCGCCCACUGUGGUGCAGGAGGAGAAGGCCAGCAGCUGCCGCCUUCGGCCGCCUGCCGCCGCGAGCGAUGCCACGAAUGAGCGGAAGCUCCGCCAGAAACGGUUGCAGCAGCAGUUCCGGCAGCAAAUGGAGGAGCAGCGGCAGGCGCAGUUGUCCGCUCUGGCGGCGGAGCAGAAGACUCCGGCAGCACUGUCAGCACCUCCUCCCAAGCACAGCACUCCCGUAACUGCCGUUUCCGAACCACUCACAGAGGACUUCCUUACAGACAGUCUUGGAAUGUGGGAUAUGGAUCCAGGUGCAAACGACAGUGAUGUCAAGUCCUUGUCUAAAGCAGAACUGCUCCAGACCUCUGCUACACCAGUCCUGAAGAACCAGGUGGUAACCUGGGACAGGACCCCACAGAACCUCUGUCACCAGAAUCCACAAGCAAAAUCUGGACUCUCGCACCUCCAAACUCACAACAGCAACCGAGAUGUAACAGGAAACUGUGGUAUCUAUGGGAAGAACCAGGACUUGAAGAAAAGGAAAUUGGAUCCAUCCUAAUGGAGGCUCAGGUCACAUCCUUGGACUUUGUCACUAAGGGACUUUCGAAGACUACUUUUAGGUCAUAAAACUGUUCAUCAUUCCUAGGGAAUGAACUUUAUUUCCAAGGAUUUACCUUGCUUCGUUCUGAACUUUACCAGAGGAUUUGACUAUUGGAGCCUUCUGCAGGUAAAGCUGAGCAGUCAGAAAACAAGCGCUCUAAGAAAGCUUGUAACACUCUGCAGCGGGGAGGCUCUGAGAUUAAAUACCUUUUCUUUGGCUCUUGAGGUUCUUCACUAUUUAUUCCUAAACUACUAUGUUAGUAUGUAUGGAAAUUUUAGGAAUCCCCAGUGCCUACCUGCCUUCAAGCAAUAUUACUAAACACCAACUUUUACAGCUGCCUAUGUGAAAUUAUUGUAAUAUCUGCCUUUCACCUUGGCGCUCAGUGUUUAAUGUUGUCCACGCCAUACUGUGUAUCCUUCCAAGAACAAAAGCUACCAUGGUGUUUAACUACCUUGCAUCAAUACAGGCUGCAGUCUUCAUCUAUGAUAAUCUCUUGUUUAAAGGUUUAUGGUGUCACUAUCCUGCAGUUUUUUACCUAAUCAAGGAAAUAGAUUCUAAGACCAAAGAAAAGGCAUUUUAAGAAAGCAAAAUAAAUUUUCCUUUGUAACAAAAAAUAAAAGUGGGUGUUUGUAUUUCUCCAUUUCAGAUGUGAGAUAUAACCCAUCUUAACAUAAAUGGGUUUUUUUCAGUUUCAAAUGUUUCAUAAUCCCCCCCACCCCAGCCAUAAUGAGUGAGUUUGCAGGUUCUUUUUAAGAUGCAUCUUGGGCUGUGCCUUUUCUCUCAUCUUCAAGCUGUGGCUUUUAUUAAUUUUUAGAUCACAGAUCCAUUUGUGGGAAGCUAUGAACCCGAUGCAAGGAACUCUUAAAGUACAGGGAGGUAGCCAGACAUUUUUAUUCCUAUGGAAGAUGAAGAGGCGCUAGCUUACCCUGAUUUCCCCUUUAUCUUAGGUCUCAUUACAUGGAUUUGGUCAUAUGUUCAUCUUUUGGUUUUGACAUCCUUACCAU